AUGUCUUUAGAGGCGCUUUCCGAUGCUCUGAAGCAUCUUACUCUCGACCUUCCGGAAUCCAUCCCCACUGAACUCUGGUUGAACAUCAUCCAAUUCUUCGACCGCCCAACGCUCGCAUCCUUUUCCAGAACAUCCAAACACUUCCGUGUUUUGUGCCAUCCAGCACUAUUCCAGCAUCUAGUCAUUAAAGUGCGCAGGACCAAGCACGCUCGGGGUCUCAUACGACUGCAACACAAGCUUGCCUGCUACGAAUCCUCGUCUAUCGCACCACUUGUUCAAGCCAUAUCGAUAUUUGGCAGUGCCAACAAUAGAACAAACGAAGUCGAUGUGGUUUUCGGGUCAUUAGCUAGCUUUCCUCAACUUCGGACGCUCUUAAUUCGCUAUACGUUGGAAAAGCUUUCACUUUCACUCAUCUCGUGUGUAUUGGAUCCCGGCGUCCUUAAUAUCACAGACAUCCUCGAUCUCAAUAUGUUGACGCUCAGGACCGACUACAGCGUCGAAUCACUUAGUGCUCAUACUUGGACCCACCUUUUGUCUCCAACUACUCUAUGCCGGCUCGACAUUGCUCUGCCACAAACUACUCAGUCUUUCAUCAACGAGCUUGUUGUAGCGCAUGCUGUGUUUCCUCAGGUUGAAUUUCUCCGACUGGAUUGUGAUGGAUUAUUGGCGUCACCUUCAAGUUCCCUUGUCGGGAUGACAAGACUUUGUGAAGCAUUUCCUGCCCUCCGAGCUUUCAGCAUAAUUCCGCCACUACCGGAUAUGUUUGCACCCCAACCCCGCAGAGCCAAUUGGUCAUCGCACUUGACGUUAGCAGCCAAUGCACUUCCUCUCUUAUCAUCUUUCCAUGGACCUUCCGAUCUCUUUGCUACAAGUGUCUACACACAACGACCCAUAUUCCAGCUAAAGCUUUUCACCAACACGGCAGAAUUUCCCGACCUAACUCCCAUAGCUGGGCGUUUAACGACUCUCGAAAUGAACAUUGCCCUUCCGUUCAACGAGCUGAUCGAAACCCUGGAUCGACACUCGUUUGCCGCAUUGCGCGCUUUCCGAUUGUCGAUUGCCCAUUAUCAAGAAUCCCCUCGACCGGGACUAUUCGUCGAACCAGCCGCUAUCAUUGAAGCCUUGAACCGGACCACUCUCCCUCUAGCGCUGGAGAUCUUCUUCGUGGAAAUGAAAAUUUCUGUCCGACCCCGAGCACGGGUCGUCGCCCUUCUGCCUGUGCCUAGCGCUGUGCGGCGGCUGGGACAGCGGCAUGAUUCAUUGAGGCACAUUGUUCUGAUAUCGAGCCUGCAUUCAUUCUCAGAUAGGGACAUGCAGGAGAACUUCCGGGUCCAUCGAUGGAAACGCGCAUCGGUUGGGCAAGUCGAGAUCCAGGACAUUUCACAUAGUCGCCAUUGGGAUAGCCAUUCUAGCAGAAUCGGAUGGAAGAGACGAACAGAGGUGCCGAGUCCGACGGAGGAAACCCAAGAGCAGUUGAAUGCCGAGUGGUUUGGACUGACAAAAGGAUUUGGUGGCGUGGAUUUCUAG